AUGAUCCACAAGAGCAAGUCACGCGUCCGAUUCCAGCACCGCACAGAGAAGGUCAAGCAGGACAGCGGCAGCGAGAAGACAAAGCGCGAGCCAAAGACAACCGUGUUUCGAAGCGCACCAGUUGUGAUCAACAAUGGUCCACGGUUUGCGAAGCUGCGCAUUCCGUCGGCCGAUGAGCAGGGCGAUCUAUUUCGCAGCAACCUCAGCUCUUCACUGUCAGCAGUGAAGGCGAACGACCUAGCUCGGCAGCGAGCAGGUAGACUACCACUAUCGCCGGCACGUCAGCAUUUUGAGCGAAUUCAAGAGGAAGACGAUGACCCGCCGGCAUCUCUUUUGAUGCUCGCACCUCUUUAUGUCCCAGAUUCGGACGGCUAUCUUGUAGCACAGCCUUCUACCGAUAGGUCCGGCGGAGACGAUGGUCCCUGUGCAUCACUUCUGGCAACAUCAAUCGUUCAAGGAUCCCUCAAAGAUGAUAUUGAGGCUGCAGGUCUGGGCAUAGCUGUCGUUGAGCGUGCAGAUGAAGCAACAGAGCGGCCAAUCUUGCGAGGGGUGAAGGGGAAUGCCUCGUCCACAAAGAAGGAUGAGCGCGAGUCUCAACAAGCUCGCACUGUCUUUCAUGGAAGCGGAAACGGUGCUCGUCCGAAAUCGCUCCUGGCCACGGCGAGCACGCUGGCGGAACCCAACACCCACCUUGAGCAGGUUGACAUCACGGCCGCAGACAUCUGGUCGGUGAAGGAGGCCACUGUCAAGCCAGAACGCCUUCUAGCAGAGAUCUCACACUAUGUUGGAUACACUAAGCCAUUGACGCGCACAUUGUCGGCCCCAGUUCAGGGUCAAAGGCAUCGGUCCACCCUCCUGCAGCGAGUCGUCUCUCUAUUCGCGGGUCGCCGCCAGCAUGCUGCUACCGAGGAGGCAUCAAACUCACCUGUACCUUCUCAAGGAGAGAGUGAAGGGCCAGCAGCUCCCUCCCAACAACCACAUCCAUUGACACAGGCCACAGUGUCAAAUGGAUGCACUGCUCCUCGGCGAAUCCCACGCCUGAACCUUCCCCUUCCAAACCCGGUGAUGGCCUCUCGGCGGCCAUACCUUCCUAUCGAAGAGGCCUUGGAUGCGCCCUUCGUUUUUCCAGCGCGAGAGCAUCCACUCACUGGCACCUACUACGUGCACCCUGAUAUCUUCACACCCGCCGAGAUCCAAGUCGGCUUCCCUUCUCACCCCAUACCUGUUGGUGUAACCCCAACACUUCGCAAGAGCAACUCGUGCGCCAAGCUCCUCGACCGCGAUGACGCUGUGUGGGGGAAGUACUAUGCAAAGCACCCCACAGCCGAGCACCUCCCCUUCUCCAAGUCCUACAUCGGCCUGCACCACGUCGACGAGCUCACAGAGCAGCAGUUCUGGGAUGCUCAUGCGGCGCGCCAUGCGCAGUUUCGCAAGGCCGAUCCAAAGCCAGUUACGGAUGAGGAUCGGGCGCGGCAGGCGGAUGACGAGGAGCAUGAGCGGGCGGAGCGGCUACGGCAUCAUGCGGGGCAUUGCUUUGGGGCGCUGACGGGGGAUGUGUAUCCGUUCCAUGGUGGACAUAUCAUCUGA